GAGUGCUUUGCAGGGUGAGGAAUCCAAUCUCGAUAUUCUAAUAAAAACGGAGACCUAUGUACCGAUAUAGAAAGUCCGGUGGGGAACUCUAGUAAAUGUGUAACUUCAGUCUGAAAGCUGCUUGUGUCAGAGCUCGCUGAAGAUGUCUGGCUUAUAUUGCUUCAAGCUGUCUGGACAUUUGCUGUUUAACUGCUGAAGCUUUCCUACUGCUUGUUUUUCUUCCCAAGCCUUAAUCUAUUGAGGGAUCAGAAUCAUCUGCUAUGGAAUCAAGACCAACUAAAACAUGAGAAGAUGUAUUCAAGAUUAUCCAGCCAGAAGAUUUUUUACUUCCUAGAAAACUUAUUUUUGUUUAAUAUGUAAUAUAAUUCGACAAAGCCAAGCUCAAUUAUUUCUCUUGAAAUUCAGACGCACCUGUGGCCUUCAUCAGAAAUGUUUCUAACAUUUUCAAGAAAAAAUAUGUCCCAGAAACUGAGUAUGUUUUUACUAGUUUUUGGAAUCAUUUGGGGUUUGAUGUUGCUACGUUACACUUUUCAGUAUCCAAGACGCCAAAGCAGUGCCGAGUUGCGUGGACAGAUACUAGAUCUAAGUAAAAGAUAUGUCAAAGCACUGGCAGAAGAAAAUAAAAAUUUAAUGAACGGUGGCGGUGGAGCCUCUAUGGCAGGAUACGCUGAUCUUAAGAGAACAAUUGCUGUUCUUCUGGAUGACAUCUUACAACGCCUCGUGAAAUUGGAGAACAAAGUUGAUUACAUUGUUGUGAACGGCUCAGCGACAAAUACCACUAAUGGAACUAGCAAUCAGGUGCCAGUAACUUCAAACAAACGUGUAAAACCAGCAAGCAACAUUAGAUAGCAAACAGGGCUGCUUCUGUUGCUACAAAUAUGAUAGGUAAUAUUUAAGAUAAGCUUUUUAUCUCUGGCUAGGGCAAAGCAGUAGUUGACUCUAAAAGACGCGUAAACUCUUCUGUUAUACAAUGUGCUGGAUCUACAUAGGCCUAAGUUAUGUGCAUAGGUUCUCAAAGCAUUUUUUCAUUGCCUUUGAGCAGUGCUUCUGAAGUGAUCUUUGUCGUCUUUAAAGAUAUUUUGAUAUCCCAAUUUGAUGAAGUAUGCCAUUGGAUAAUAACAAUAAAUGGAAAGGAAUGGGGAACUUACCGGUAGGUUUCUAAAUAUAUUUAUUUAAGUAUAAUAUAACAUAUCUUUUGGAUAGGUGAGCAGUAUUGUAGCUUAUUCAUUUUUUGUGAUCUGCGUUAAGCUGAGGUAACUGAGAAAAACACAUUGUUCAACAGAUGUUAGAAAAUGUGUAUACUUAACAAUAUUGUUACACAUUUACUAAAACACUAUUAAAUUAAGGCUAGCAUUGGCAGUAAUGUUUUAAAAUUGUGACCCAAAGAAUGUCUUCAUUUGCACUAUCUGUCAUAAUAGCUAGAGAGAAUUUACUGUAUAUUUAAGAAAAUUAAUUAUAAUAGGAAAACGUCCUAGGUAGUAACACUGUCCAGGUAUAUCUUUAUGCUGGAGUUAGGGCAGUUAGAUUAUUGAAAGCAAAUCAUAAUCUGUGAUAUCUUAGAUGAUUAUUUCUUACAAAGAUAUUUAAGUGUAUGUAUUUUGUAAUUGCAGAUAAGAUUAUUUAAGUGAUGGAAAUAAGUUUUGGAUAUGUGAAUACUGUUUAUUUUUAUUCAUUGCUGUUUCUUUUUAACUUUUUAGUACCUUGCAAUUUGUGAUGAGUAUAGCACACCAUCUCUCUGAAUUGCUUUUUUGAUCAGGAGGAAAAGCAAUGAAGGGAAAAAAGGCAUCUCUGCAUUUAAUGGAGAUGCAUGUUCUAAGGGUGUCUUAUGGAGUAUUUUAGAGCUAAGGUAAUGUUUGCCUUAUGUCUAAGUUAGCCUUACAGAAAAGCGAAUUGCAGUGUGGAUGCACUGUAUUGCAAAAUGUUACUGAAGUCAUAUUAAAGAGAAAGUGCCACUGA